AUGUCCGACUUCAACGCCAUCGCUCAGCAGUUCGUUCAGUUCUACUACAAGACCUUCGAUGAGAACCGCGCUGGUCUCGGUGCCCUCUACAAGGAGACUUCUAUGCUCACCUUUGAGGCGCAAGGCACUCAGGGUUCAGCUGCCAUUGUAGAGAAGCUCCAGAACCUGCCAUUCCAGCAGAUACAACACCGUACCGACACGGUCGACGCUCAGCCUUCCGCCGAUGACGGUAUCCUUGUGCUCGUCACCGGUGCGCUUUUGGCAAGUCGUUCCCAUCUUGCGGGCGAGGACAAGCCAAUGAGCUUCACCCAGGCCUUCCAGCUCAAGAACGCUGAUGGCAACUGGUUCGUUCUGAACGACGUUUUCCGUCUCGUAUACCCCGCCGCGUAG